GGCGACCCAGAAGGACAAUACGGAGACGGAGACGUGUUUGACGGUUGGGCCCAGUGUUGAGCGAGCGACCAUGGCGUGCGCAUCGUGGUGGGUGUUGGUGCUGACGUGCGCGACGCUGGCGACGGCCGGCGACCAAGGGGACGUGGUCGGCGACGACCCGGACGCCGAGCUGGCCACGCUGAUCGAGUGGGACGAGAUAGAGUGCGACGACCAGUGCGAGAAGAUGGCGGCUGCGCGGUUCCAGUACUACGUUGAGGGCGGCGGGCGCGAGGCGCUGCUCCGACAGGCGCAGCUGUGGCGGGAGCAGAUGGCGCUGCUGGCGGAGACGGCCGCCAAGUACCGCAGGAACGCCACCGUGACGCGGCCCGACGUGGUGCGCAAGCUGCAACUCGUCUCCUUCGCCGGCGAGGCCCUCCUGCCCGAGCCUCAGAGGGACCAGAUCGUCAACUUGACAGUGCAAGUUGAAGAGGUCACGAGGACCGGCCGAGUAAGCUGCAAUGAAAACUGCUCCUUAGACCUGGCAGGCGUGGAGGCGAGGCUGGCGGAGCACCGGGACCCCGGCGAGCUGGCGCAGCUGUGGCGGGACUGGCACGGGCUGUUCGCGCCGCUGCACCAGGACUUCCUGUCCGUGCUCGGGCUCGCGGCAGACAUCGCCACCGAGAACGAGACGCCGGGAGUGGAGGGCUACUGGCUGGCGCUCGCCGAGUACCCGGGCUCGUACGACGACGCCCGGGCGCUGUGGAGGCAGGUGGAGCCGCUGUACCUGAAGCUCCAGCGCUACGUGCGCGCCAAGCUGGAGGAGCGCUACGGCCGAGACGCCAUGGGCAACAGCUCUGCCAUACCGCCCUACCUGCUGGGCUCGCUGGGCGCCUCCGACUGGACCAACGUUGCUGAAGUUGUGCUGGGUGAAGACUUUGCAGUCUAUGGCACCCUGCAGAAAAAUUUGAAAGAACAAGACGUGGGCGGGAGGAAGUCGUACGAGCUGGCGGACAAGCUGGUCCAGAGCAUGGGCUUCGAGGAGCUGGGCAAAGGAUUUUGGGAGGAGUCCCGGUUCAACGCGACAUGCCACUCCCGGGCCGUGGAGUUCUGUUCGUCGGGCAGGACCAGAGUCAUCACGUGCAACCGCACAGCUUGGGCACAGUACAUGGAGGCUCACGAGAUCGUCAUGAGAGCCGUCCGUCGCCAGGUGAUCAUUCAGCAGCAGUACACCUUCAUGAAUCCAAAUCAUCAGUCGGCGGCCCACGAGGCGGUGGUGGGACUGCUGCCUCUCGUUGCGGCCACGCCCGCCAGCCUCCAGAGGACGGGGCUCCUGCCCGCGGGGGAGGGCGACCUGGUCCCCCUGAGGCUGCUGGUCGCAUUGCGCAUCCUGCCGCGGCUGCCCGCGCACCUCGCCGCGGACCUGUGGCGGCUAGAGCUCCUAUCCUCCGGGGACAACGCCACGGUCCAGGAGGCGGCGGGGCUCUGGGGGCGGUACAGGCAGAACUUCUCCCGUGUAGGAGCACCGAAGAACCACUCGGAGUGGGAUUUGGAACUGGACGAGCUGACAACAACCAACAGACCAUAUCUAGCGAAAUUUGCUGGCACGUUUCUUCAGUUCCAAAUGCUGGAGCUGUUUGAAAACAAGACUGUGAACGGCUCCACACUAGUGAAGGUCAUUCAGGAAGGCGACCAGCUGAAGCAGCUGCUGAAGGACGGGCUGUCGGCAGAGUGGCCUCAGCUCCUGAGAGCGGACCUCGGCAUCGACCGAGUGGACGCGGCCGCGCUACUGCGCUACUUCAAGCCCCUGGAGAACUACCUGGACGCCCGGGAGGACGCUGCCACGCGGCCGGGGAACCGCGGGAUGGCCGGCACCGUCGCCAACCUCCCGGACGGGAACGCGACCGAUUGGGUCUCGGAGGCCGACCGGCGUGCGUCCGGCAUAGGCUCGGGCAUCCUGAUUGGCUGCGUGACGGUGGCGCUCGUGGGCAUUGUCGCCACCGUGUUCCUGAUGGCCCGGCGGAGGUUCCAGCGUAGUCGCAGCGACUACCAGCUCGCCAAGACGAGCCCGGAGUGACGCCCUCAAUGUCGUCUGUGGACCCCGGCGUCCCGUGUCGUGUCUGACCAGCAAGCUAGCGCCUACAGUCCUGUAUGAGUUUGAGGCUCGUUUCGCACACCAUGUUGAAUUUUUCAUAAAAAACUGGGUUCUUACCACACACAUGUUAUCCUGAAAAUGUAAAGUCUCCACAUCGCCUUCCAUUUUUUGAUGUUUUGUAUUUUUCUCCAUCUAUAUUUUAUUGAAGAAGUAUUUAAAACUGGUACAAUAGAGGCAAAGUUGUAAUAAACCAAUCGGAUAAGGAAACUGUUUAAAUGAACCUCUGGUGAGUGAUUCUAAUACAAAUGCUUAGUUAAUAUUAAAAGGUGUAGUGUGAAUACGAGCCUGACUUACUUUUUGCAAUAGCAGACAACGUGCAUAUGUUUCUGGUUUAAAAAAAAAAGAAGCAAAAACAAAUGCAUUAUAUGCAUUGUUCAUCCGGUAACAUUCACAAAAAAAGUAAUGUAACUGAAGAACUGGUCAUGAAAGAAGCAGUAGUGCUGGAUGUUAUGAAUACUGUAUAUAAUUACCAGCAGCCUUUUGCUAACUUGCAAUAUGUGUUUUGAUGUCUCACCUAAUGGUCACACAUGGAUACCUUCUCUGGAAAUGUUUUUUAGCUUUCCAACUUAAAAAUUUAUACGUCCCCACAAAGUGGAGAAAAUUUUGUAUUGCGUACGCCCAUGAUUAUGUAUCUAAAUUUAAAAAUCACAUUUUGAUUAAAAAAAACUUAAGAAAUUGUUUUUAAAAGUUUUAAAAAAAUAUCCUGAAAUUGAUUUACUAGGUAUAUAUAUCGUGGCCAUGCUGGUUUAGCUAAUGUCAAUAUUAGAGGGUCAUUCAAUAAGUAAUAAGUCUAACUGAUGUAGCUCAAAAACCUGUUUAUUUAAUCCAAACAAAAUGUUGGCUAUUAUUCAACAAUCCCCCCCCCCCCCCCCCCAAACUCAUAUACACUUUUUUUCUUUGUUCCGUUAAGUUGCUUAUGCCCUUGGCAUAAAAUUGACUGUAAGGAGCAUGUAGAAGAAUCUCCCAGCCCAGUUUUUGAAUGCAUACGGCGCUGUGCAUUGUAAAGCAAAAUCGCACCUUUUUUCAAAAGUCCAGAUGUUUAGUGAAAAAUGCAAGCUCUACUUUGUUUUCCAGCAUAUCAGUGUAAUAUUGACUGUUGAUUGUUCGUUGGUCUUAAAGAAAGAAAAUCACAUAAAAUAAAGCCUUGUGAGUCCCAGAGAAGUGUAAGCAUCACUUACCAGCAGAUGGCAGAGUCUUGAAUCCAGGUCUCAUUGCACGUUACAAUUCUAAAUUCUUUCUCAGUGGAACAUUUAGUUUUCAACUGUUUAUUGAUUUAAAGCAUAGUUUCUUUGUGGGUGUCCAUAAGUUGUCUCUGCACCCAUAUCGCACUGCUUUUAUUGUAUUACAGUUUAUUUUGAAUAAUGUUAAACACAGUUCCAACACUUUUCUAGCUAUAAUUUCAUUGGUGAUUUGUCUGUUGUCUCGAAUCAUCACAUCAAUGCGAGAUUCAAGGGAAGAAGUGGAAACUUCGACUGGUCCGUCACUUAGCUGCUCAUAUCGAUACUUUCACGGCCACUUUUAAAUUGUUCUACCCUCUUCUAAACAUUUGAACGGUUUAAACAAUUGUUCCCAUACACUUUUGUCAUCCUUGCAUGGAUAUCAUCACCUUUACAUUUUCUGCAACUAAAACUAAUCACAGCAUGCCAUCUCCUUCCGCAGUUCAAUACACAAUCGGACUUGACAUCUUGGUCUGAUUUAUAGGUUAUGUUUACAAAAUCUUAUCGAACAGCUGAUCAGAAGCCAUUACAAGGAUGCCAACUUAAACUUUUGAAAGUUUCGUAUUGAUUAAACAAACAGUUUCUGAGCUAAAUUGAUUUGUCUCAUAGUUAUAACAAAAAUUAAUAUAGAGUACAAUGAUGUUCAGAACAAGUUUUAUCAAGCUGCUCUCUGGCAAGGAUAAAUACACCAGAGAGUAACAGUUUGGAGUAAAUUUCUUAUAUCACGCAACAGUGUACAAAUGCCCAAAUCCACUCAAAAAAUCUGCAUGAGAGCGCUCAAAUCAUGCCAGAUAGCAAAAUGUGACAAGCCAAAGAAAGCAAAUUAAAUAGCACAGCCUCUGUAGUGAAAUAUCUUUAGGCAUUACCUUAAGACAUUAAUAAUGUAAAUCAUAAAAUAAAAUAAUACGCCAGGCAAGGCCAAGAUCUGAAGUUAUCUCACCAGCCAUAGGUUUAGCACAUUUUCAGGCCAUUAUUUUUUAUAGGACAGGUUCUGUGGAUGUUCCAUUGUAUAAGCAUAGCAUUUUGUGUUUUAUUGCAAAUAUUGUCAGAAUGUAUAGUAUGUCUUGUGUAACUAGUCUGAAAAGUGGUACCAGCGGUAGUCAUUUCCCAAUUGUUACUUGUUGUUUAUAUGGUUUUAUUUUUGAUCCAAUUUAUGUUUUUAAGAGGAGGAUUUCAUUGUUAUGGUUUUUAUUUUUAUAAAAUAUUUUUUGUGAAACUUAACUCCACCAAAAUAAUGGUAAAAUUUAUGUGCUGCAAUUUUACGAUAAAAUAAUUUGUAAUAUAUUGGUCUAAAACUGAUACAUUCAGAACAAUAAAAAUAAAUAAGCAAGCAAUUGGGUUUAAAAGCGAUUCAGGAAGAGAUGUUCAAUAAAACAAAUUAAAUUUUUCUUAUAGACCAUUAAUAUGGGUACAAUUUUUUGUCUGAAAUAACAUUCCAUGAAUUUACACAUUAAAAGAUUACUAUUUUUUUAAUAAUUUAAAUUAAGUUUUGGUUAAAUGCUACUUAAUUCCAGGAUAUAACUUACAUUUUGGUGUUGUGUUUUGACAUGCUUUUAUCACAAUUUACCAUAUAAUAUUGUCCCUACGUGUAACGGAUCACAUAUUGGUUGUUUAUUAAACUAACAACAAAAUUAAGUUAUUCACUAAAAUUGCUGACAGUGUGAUGGUUACUGAAGUAAAUGUAGACAGACCUCUGGUGCUAAUUUUCAGACUAGAUACACAAGGCAGACAAUACACAUUAACUGCAGUUUGCUAAGAUUCAGGCGAGUAUUUCUGAUUAAAAGAUUUUGUUUGAUUAAUUGUGUGUUAUCAUUUGCUAGAGGUGAAUUUUUUUGUUGUUCUACAGCUGAAAAAUGCCUAAAAACGUACUUCUUGUGUCUUAAUUUUGGAAAAACCUUGGAAUCGGCAAAAAAGAAAAACUUAAAAUGUAACAUGGCAGGGAAAGCUGUCCUUAUGCUAGUAGCUGGCCAAAUACAACACAGUAUUAUACGGGUCUGUAGAUACAUCUUAUUCCUUUGAAGUGCUUUACUUGCCUUAUGUAGGAUGCAUAUAUAUUAUUGUAUACAUAUGUGUUUGUUGUACAUUUUCUGUGAAGUGUGUGCUGAAUGCAAGAAGUCCUGAGUAUUUGUACAGCAUUUCAAUCAUACACAGCAUGCCUUCGUAGUGUUUAUUUCCGUGUUCCUUAAGUUUUAAUUCAUAUUGCAGGGUUAGUUCCAACUGUCAUGAUUUUAAAGAUUUUAUUUUUACUUAUUUAUCUGAAAAUUAUAUGAUUGUUGUAUCUCGCAGGUGUGCAAUUCCCCCUCCUCACAAAUUAUUAUUUUUUGUUUAAAAUUUCCCUCCCUCUCCUUGGUCGAACCUCUCUCAAAGUCAUUGAAUAACAUUGCAUACGUCAUAUAUUUCAAAGGAUUGGAACAGAAAGUUUAAAUAAAGUAAGUUUCCUGCUUCCAAUUCCCAGAUAUCUAUACUUCCGAACACUGACAUACACACUGAAUGUACACCAUGCCACUUGACUAAAAGAUGUGUGUAAAGGGCAUAAACCUAGUAUUUUGAAGUAUGCUGGGCAUACAUGUUGUUGUAAACUUAUAACCAAACGGAAAUGGAAGACUGUUAGUUAUUAAAUUAGAGAUUAUGUAUGUCGUUAUGGAUAUUGUAUUACAAUGUAGUUUUCAAUUAAUCAAAAUAUAUUUUGUUUAUCUAAA